AUGCUGCCCCCCACAGACAGUGACCUCCGAUGCACUUUGGGCAGGUUUGAGGUCCAGUGUGAAAAGACUGAGAUGAGAAUGAGCACCUCCAAAUCUAAGACCAUGGUCCUCAGUCAGAAAAGGAUGGACUGUCCCGUUUGGAUCAGGGGAGAACUGCUGCCCAGAGUGGAGGAAUUUAAGCUGACAGGUCGGGAACCUUUGGUGUUUUUACCAGGUCCGUUUUCCAGUGAAGCUCCCACAGGAAAGGCUCACUUGAAGCAGUGCGAGCAGAUGACUCUGACCAGGCGGCAGAAGAAGCUGUGCCGCAGAGAACCCGGUUUGGCCGAGACGCUGCGGGAGUCGGUGCGCCUCAGUCUGCUGGAGUGCCGGUACCAGUUCAGGAACGAGCGCUGGAACUGCAGCCUGGACGGUCGAGGAAGCCUUCUGAAGAGAGCAUUCAAGGAGACCGCCUUCCUACUAGCCAUGUCCUCUGCGGCUCUGACUCACGCACUCGCCAAAGCAUGCAGCUCAGGCCGGAUGGAGAGGUGCACGUGCGACGACUCCCCCGGCCUUCAGCAUCGAGAAGCGUGGCAGUGGGGGGUCUGCGGCGACAACCUGAGAUACAGCACCAAGUUUCUCAAGAAGUUUCUUGGCCAGAAGAGGGCCAGCAAGGACCUGAGGGCUCGGGUUGACGCCCACAACAUCAACGUUGGAAUUCGGGCGGUGAAGAGUGGGCUGAAAACAACCUGCAAAUGUCACGGCGUAUCCGGUUCGUGCGCCGUACGGACUUGCUGGAAGCAGCUGUCUCCUUUCCAUGACACUGGCCGAUUGCUUAAGUACCGGUAUGACAACUCGGUGAGGGUGCUGAGUGUCACCAACGUGGCAACCGGGGAGACAGAGUUCGAGGGGCCCCGUCGUCACGGCCAUAGCCUCCGUACUACCGACCUGGUCUACCUAGAGGACUCCCCCAGCUUCUGCAGACCCUCCCGCUACUCCCCGGGUACGGGUGGCCGGUCGUGCGCCAAAGACACCAGCUGUCAGAGUCUGUGCUGUGGACGCGGCUACAACACGGCCAUGCGGCUCACUAGCUUGUCCUGCCAUUGCCAGGUCCGCUGGUGCUGCCACGUGGAGUGUCAGACAUGCGUCCGGGAGGAGGAGGUGUACACCUGCAAAAACGCAUGAGCGGAAAUGGAGAGCGUGUCGAGACUUGCAGACUCAAUUAGAAAGAAAAGAUUGGAAAAAAUGUGGGUGAGAAAGAGGUUUCAGGUGGAACUCCAUCAUUUGUGACCUUUGUCAGCUCAGCGAGCUAACGUGGUGGAACUGUGAUCUUCACAGAUGUCCAUGAGAGAUAGACGUUAUUCUGGGAGGAGCUGGAAGAUUGAAAUAUUGAGGCUGUUUCUAAACUUUGCUGGAUGCACUGAAAUCUCACUUUUGUGGGAAGGACGGGACUAGAUAUUAAAACAGGUACUGGACCAGAUAUCUCCAGCAGAACAGCAUCAAGGACUUUAUUAUGCUGUAACGGAGCUGACCCCUUCCAUCUGAUUAUUUAUUGUAUCAUUCACUGUGUGUGAGGAAAAGCUGCUUUAUACUUUAACCCUCUUAUAAUCAAAGAAUGCCAUUAAGGCUAAAACAGCCUUAAAAGGAAUCUGCCUGCCUGUCUUUCUGACUGCUGUGGUUUAAAAGUUCAUUUCUGU